UACGUGUGACUGGGAAGCCAUUCAAGAUUUCGGUGCUAAGUCCAGUUUCACUGUUACGGUUUAAUCAUCCAUAUUUAAUAGGUUAUUUUACCAAUCGGAUUACCCUCUUUUGACACGUGAGUAGGUUUUACCGAAUAAUUCACUUUACUUUUCUAAAUCACUUUCUCUAAAUGAAUUUUAAAACAGCGCUAUGCGGUUCUUUUGCCGGAUCCUUAUUUUCCCUUACUAUUUGCCAUUUCGAAGAAUCGACUUAAUCGACUUUCGAAGUAAUUUUUUCUUCCUUGUGGAGUUCGGCGAUCUAAACUGCCGCUUCGGAGGCAUUUUGUUGUGAAUUCAGCAGCACUCGAAGAAUGCCUGAAUUUCAUUUCAACGAAAUUUGUUUCGUCCCGGGAGCAAGUUCCACUUUUCUACAAGUAGAUCUUGGUAGCGAGAUGUUCAUCAUAAAGGUGUCCACUCAAGGAUUUCCGUUUUCUGAUUACUGGGUGACGAAGUACAAAAUUAAGGCCCUGAAAGGCGGUUCAUGGUCAUGGUACCGAAAUUCAUCGGAUGAGAUACGGUACUUCGAUGGAAACUAUGACAGUGAUACAGUGGUAUCGCACCGUUUGCUCCCGUCUGUACAAACUAGAUAUAUUCGAAUCUACCCUGUAAAAGGCAGUAAUCAUUUGGUGGGUCUCCGUGUUGACUUCUUCGGCUGCCCAAUUGGUAAGACUCAUUUGACUGUGCUUGGAUUAUACACCUAUUCCAAAAAACGUUGUCAUUGCAAACGGCAAAUGGCGAUUGACAAAUGGCAGUUCUACGACCGAAAGGACCCAUGGAUCCCAAAAUAUUUGUUGCAGAUUCAGAAAAAUAUAAAUAAAACAUACGAUUGUCCAUUUAAUGUAAUUAUUAAUGUAAUCAUCUUUCCGUCGCAGAACUGCCAUUUCGCGAUUGCCAUUCGCUGUUCGCACUGA